GUUAACAAAAAACACGUUAAAUUGUCAAAAAAGAGACUGAAACCCAAAAAGAAAAAACUAUGGGAAUCAUAAAAUUUGUGGUGAUGUACUUGGCAAUGGUGAUCACCAUUUCACCAUUGGCAGUGAUUUCCGUUCCGAAUUCAAGCCCAGCGGCCGUCGAGAGCUGGUUCAAGAGCCUCCCAAAUGCAAGGGAGAAGUUAACAAAGCUCCACUUCUACUUCCAAGACCAAGUCUCCGGCCCGAACCCUUCCGCCGUGGAAGUGGCCCGGUCCAAACUCACCGCCUCCUCCCCACACUUUUUCGGCCUGACCCGGGUUUUCGACGAUCCCUUGACUGUAUCCGGAAGCCCUUCCUCGAAGGCCAUCGGUUACGGGCAAGGGAUCUACUCCUGCGCGUCCCAGCACGACACCAGUUUGCUUUUCACCUUUAACUUUUACUUCACCGACGGUAAAUACGACGGCAGCACUCUCAGCCUUCAGGGUCGCAACCCUCUGGGAGUUAAGUACCGGGAAAUGUCCGUCGUCGGAGGUUCGGGUGUUUUCCGGCUGGCCAGAGGGAUCGCCGUCGCGUCGACUUACUGGGCUAAUGCAACAACUCAAGAUGGUAUUGUGGAGUUCACUGUUUACGUCCUGCAUUAUGAUUCUCCUGCCGUUUCCGAUGAGGGUUCCGUGGAGGACAUGUAAAAACAGAUCAUUUUCUAGUUGUUUUUUUUCUCUGAUUUUCCGAUGAUUGUUUUCUUUUGUUACUGUUUAACCGGCAAUCAUCUUUCUUCAUGGUGUAAUUUGUGUAGUUUAAUUUGUAGUGUUCUGCUUUUUGUUCGGAAUAAGCUGCCACUUGUUGUUGUUUGGCAGUAAUUUGUGUUUUUGUUAAGCGGACUCUACAAUUUCCAUGCAAUUAAUAAAAUGCUGUACUUUAAGUUGUGUUUUUUGCCUAUACCUUAUCUUAUCAGCUUUGGAAAUCUUUGUAGUUUCAUUAUCAU